AUGUCUGCCCAAAUUCCGCUAACCCUAAAGGCCCAACGGCCUUGUCAUUACUGUGCAAGUCGCAAACAAGGCUGCGAUAGGUUGCUGCCCAAAUGUUCUCGCUGCACCUCAAAAUCUCUUAGGUGCGAUUACAGCGUUCACCGAGAUGGACGUGCCGUGACUCGCCAGAAUGAAGCUCCUGCGCCAAGUAACGACCUGGUGGAAUCACGCGGUUCUUGUUCUCUUGACCUCUCUGCCAAGGCCGAAUCGUUAUUGCUUCGCUUAGCGUGUGAUAGCGGCAGCGAGGCGGCAGAGUUUGAUGGACAUAGCUGCCUAUCCGAGCUAUUCUUUAAAAUACUUGACGCUUUCGAUGUUGAUAUUCCGAAUCUGCUGGACAGCUAUUUUGCGAGCGUUCAUCGAUGGGUUCCCGUUAUCGAAGAGGAGCAUAUCCGUCACAAAUGUGCGAGUUUAGAGACUAGUAACCAUGGCGAUAUUACACGUCUGCUACUGGCUUUCUAUAUUGUCAUUCAAUUUCCAUGCAAUCACGGAGGGCAUUCAAUGAAUACUCGGCUCUAUCGUACUAUGAAACGGCUAUUUAUCAUUGACCAGUCAUCACCCGGUAUCAAAGACCUUGAUUUGUUGCAAUAUGGGAUAUUGCUUGGGGCUUAUGAAUGUUCACAAGGCCUGGAAUCUGCCUAUACCACAUUGACACUAUGCACGUCACUGGCCCGGAUGAUCGAAAUCCAAAGCUACGAAUCUAGUGGCCUGGACUCGAGACAUUCUGAGGAAAUGAGAUUAUGUGGUUAUGCACUGGUAAUCUUGGAUCGCCUCAUCACACUCUCCCGCAUGGACCAUUGUCUGCCAUUGCUGCUUCCGGACAAGCAAUCCUUCCCCCUGGUAGAGGAACAUGACCUUGAAUUGGAUGAAGGGUUGAAAGCCUACGGCUACGUGGGAAGAAUGAGGAUCACAGCAACUGUGGCACAAUCAAUUAGCGAUGCUCUGGUGUAUCUGCGCUGUUGUCGACUUGGAAGAACUCCGCCAGUUGAUUACUAUACUGUGGACAGCUCUGCGCAGGCUGCACUAUUGACGCUUUUACGACUUUCCGAAGAGAAAGCAUUCCUCAACUGUGAACCAACGUCAAUGGCAAUCAGUACCCUCAUGAUACUUCGAACCACCUAUGACAGGAGCAGAAACGGCCCUAGGGACCCCAAAGACGCCACUGCGUUGUGGUCCAUAGCGAGCAUGAGUUUAGAAAUGUGUCUCUCGGCUGCUGACUUCAUAAGAUGCAACGGCAUUGAGAACUUGUCAUUCGUUGGCCUUUGUUGUGUAUGGCGAGCGGUUUUACCCUUAGUGGGCCUCAAGGAGUUUCAAAUUUCGGCCCAAGAGCUGGAGACUCUCAGAAGUGAGCUGGAGCGCUUUAGCAGCUGUUGGGCAAUAGGCGUGGUCUUUUUACAACACUUUGAUCAAUUAGUUCACCUACGAAGCCUUUAA